AUGCCUCACAAACACGUUCGCCGGAAAGGCGCCAACGAGACCGACUUCAACCUCGCGCCGUCACAAGUCGCCAAACCACUAGCAACACGAGCACCCAAAACCGCAGCAAAGAAAGUAAAGGCGAAGAGACCCAAACCCGAAACCGGCAAAGGCUACAAGCACGACGAUACACCGCGCGCCUUCUCUCGCAUGCUGGCCCUCCAAGCCUCCAAGAAGCGGCAGAGGUCUGGACUAGACGAUGGCGAUGAUACUCGCGCGAGCAGGAAAAAGCAGCGAAAAGCAGCAAGCCAAGGCGCAGGAACGACAGAAGUUGCACCAACGGCGACUGCUCAAGGACCAUCUUCUGAAGUCCCAAAGAUCCUCCCAGGCGAACGUCUCGGCGACUUCGCUGCUCGAGUCGACCACGCAUUACCCGUCACCGGCCUCGCGCGCAAAGGCAAGGUCCAAGUCGAUGGCGUCAAAGAACGCCAGACGAAGACAGAAAGGCGGCUACAGAAGAUGUACGCCUCCUGGCGCGAAGACGAGGCGCGGCUGAAGGAGAAGGAGGAAGAGCGCCAGGAAGAGGAAGAAGAAGCCGAAGAGGAGCGGGACGCUGAGCUCGGCGGUAAACAGGCGCAAUUCCCUGACAGUAACCGCAAGUCUAAGAAGAGGCGGAGAAUGGUUGGUGAGCAAGGCGGGGAUGACGAUGAUCCGUGGGCAGAGCUGGCGGCGAGGAGGGAGCAGAGGAAGGGGUUGCAUGAUGUUGUGCAGGCGCCGCCGAGUUUUAAGACGGUACCCAAGGAGAAAUUCAAGGUCAGGAAUAAUGCGAGGGUGGAUGUGGAGAACGUGCCAGGAACAGCUGGGAGCUUGAAGCGGAGGGAGGAGCUGGGCGAUGCGCGGAGGGAGGUCAUUGAGCGGUAUCGAGCUAUGAUGGGGAAGAAGAAGGGUCAAUAA